GGGCCUGCUUGCGGACACAUGCAGCUUUUUGUAGAGGUUUAACAGAGACCACUGCCAAACCCCACAACGUCUUAGGCAGGACCCCUAGCUCUCAGAGCCCUUGAAUAUAGUCCCUACUGCACCACGUGACAGUUUAUCUGAAAAUCCGCGGUCGUCCAUCACCUUUCAUUGCCGGUCUUGAUCGAUUGGAUCAUAUGGCGCUUCAAAUUCGAUAAAUAGACUACUUCUCCUCCACUAACUGCUCAUUCGUCGUCAUACUAAUCUUUAUCUGAUUUAUCUGAUUCAGUAGCAUCGUACCUAGUACAGCGGUUGAGGUGCUACUUGGCUCCGUAAAGCUUCACGGCAAAUGAGCAAAAAAUUAAUGACAAUAUUGACAAUACUUAAUAAUGAAUUGCAUAGCAUGGAGUGGAAAACAAACACGAAGGGCUUAUCCUACGAGUAGAGAGACGUUACUGCUACAAAAUUAACAAACGAUCGAUGAUCAAGUAUUUCAAGUAUGAUCAGUCUUGUAGAAGCACUCCAUACUCGGAAUUUGAAUCAUGACGGUAAUUGAUAGAGAUGUGCAAGAGCAGACAAACGAAACGAAACUUCUAAAAUAUUCACCACGAGUAGUAAUAAAUCUGCGUUCCUACUGAUAACGUGAAGAUGAAAACGCUCUCGCUGUGGAUUAUUCAUAUUUUGAAUAUUGUACUCAUUGAAACUGCUGUGCUGGAUGACUCGUGUGGACAAACUAACUUAUCCCCCUUUUGGAAGUGGAACGUGCAACUGUUAAACAUCCAAUAUCAACCGGUACAUGCCCUUCGAUGUGGCGGAACGCUCCUGAACAAACUGUUUGUGGCCACCAUUGCUCACUGUCUGUAUGACAUAAAUGGCGAUCCGAUUGAUAAGAACCAACUGCAGAUCCUGUUGGCCGAUGGCAAUCGUCAUUCAAUAAGCCGAACAUUCCAGCCGGAACCAUUCGAUGUUGAACAAUUGAAUAAUGAUUAUGCUCUGCUGUUACUGGAUCAGGAAGUAACAUUCAACAACUUGGUGGGAGCCAUCUGUCUCCCGGAGACAAACACUAUUCUUCCCCAGAAUGUCUAUACGACCAUGUCAGGCGAUAGUUCGUUUUCAGCAACCGAUGGAUCCACAUGUCUCAGAAAUAUGCACACCUUAUUCAGGAUGAUCUACUCGGAUGCUAUCUGCCUGGGCGAUUUCGAUGAAACGCAUGAAUAUCAUCGAAACGCGGGCGGUGGAAUGUACGUUGCACACAAUUCCAGUUGGUACUUGAUGGGGAUAGUGAUGUACGCAACCGGUCCGUCUAAAGUUCACGUCACCUACGUUGGUGGAGUCCAGUUGGAAAGACAUUUGAACUGGACCAGGAGGAUAGUACGACAUUAUUCGGAAAACAUGUCUUUGAGCGAAAAAAAUUGUCAAAACAACUUACGGGAUUCAAACAAUGAGCCACCGGAGUUCCAUCCAACUGUGAAUCUAGUAAAUCAGGGAUCAUGGACCAUAUGCCAUGCUUCCUUGAUCAGUCCGGGAUAUGUUCUAACAACUAGAGAAUGUGCCAUGAGUGCAAACCGAGUAUUUAUACACCAUGGAAAUGACGGUGGCUCCGACUGGUUCACUGUAAAAGCUGUUUCCACCGAAGGACCACUGGCACUGAUCGCACUUGACCGUGAUGUCAGGGAAAAUUCAGAAGCUUUGAGCUGCCUGUACACGAGUAUUACUCCAGCAUCGUUCAACUUCACGACACGUAUUGCACACGACAAUUCUUUUGCACGACUGGAAGGCAUACAGGUUCAGUAUCAAGUAGGCAAGCCAUUGAAAGUCCAAUACUAUUGUUCCCGAUAUCGCUACCGUGGACACUUCACGAGCCGUGGUGAUGCUUUGUUUUCCAACGAAAACAGAAAAGUGAUCGGAAUUUUGAUCAAUGUACUGCAUUGUGAAUCCUUCGACUAUUUCUACGAACGAAUGAAAACGGUAGAAGCUGUCAACGUUGAAAACUAUCUACCCUGGAUUGAAGAAGUUGUCUGGGGUCUCAAAUGAUGCGGAUCGGAUACUAUUAAUUUAUUUAAUUUAAAGAAAAAACCUUUCUGAUUGUAUUGGAAAUAAUUCAGAUAAAUGAAGAUGAGUAAAAAACUGAUUUUCAUACCAAAAUUUACAUAAAUAAAGCAAAUAAAAAACCCA